AUGGCCAUACUCGCACGAUGCAAAGACUAUAUCAAGGGCCAUGAGACGGUACCUGGCGAGACAAAAUUGCUGCGAAAAAUUGACGCUUUCAUUUUGUCCUUCUGUUGUCUUUGUUACUUUGCCAAUUACCUGGACCGCAGUAACUUGAAUAAUGCAUAUGUGUCGGGCAUGAAGGAGGAGCUCAGAUUCGAGGGAAACCAGCUCAAUGUGAUCAAUACGGUAUUCACGGUUGGAUAUAUUAUCGGGCAGAUUCCUUCAAAUCUCGCCUUGACUUAUUUACGUCCACAUCUCUUCUUCCCCACGAUGAUGCUCAUCUGGGGUGGCCUGACUAUGGUCACGGCCGCGGUGCAUAAUCCUCAAAGUAUCAUGGCCAUCCGCUUUUUCUUGGGCGUCGCCGAAGCAAGUACGUUUGCGGGCACCCAUUAUAUUCUGGGCGCGUGGUACACAGAGAAAGAGCUGGGAAAACGAAGCGGUAUCUUCACGGCAUCGGGGUUGGCGGGGACGAUGUUUGGGGGGUUCAUCCAGACCGGUAUUCAGAGAUCUCUCAACGGUACUCAUGGGUUAGCGGGAUGGCGAUGGCUGUUCAUAAUUGAUGGUCUGAUCACUAUUCCUAUCGCCAUAUAUGGAUUCCUUCUAUUUCCCGACACCCCUACCACUACCAAAGCACCCUACCUGACCUCCGCGGAGCGCUCCUUGGCCAUUGCUCGUAUCCCCGAGUCGGGUAUUGCCAAAGCUCCCCUCAAUUUGACCUUUGUCAAACGCGUCUUCACCUCUUGGCACUGGUACGGCUUUGUGGGUCUCUGGAUCAUCGCCGGAGAGACUGAAUCCUUUUCAAGCAACGCCCUGCUGGCGCUGUACAUGAAGUCGGCCCCCGACCGUCACUACACCAUUGCACAAUUGAAUGACUACCCUACUGGCGUGCCCGCGGUUGGCAUCGUCUCCACGCUGUUCUGGGCAACCCUAACCGAUUUCAUGGGUGGCAAGCGGUAUCUUGUCGGGUACUUCAUUGCCAUUACCGGUAUCAUGACCUCAGCGCUCAUUCUGACCCAAUUUGAGAAAACAGCCGUGGUAUUCGGCGCAUACUACUGGGCGGGCGCGGUGUAUGCCUGUCAAGCAACCUUCUUUGCCUGGUGCAACGACGCCCUGCGAUAUCAUGAUGAUCGAUUUCGGUCGGUGGUCAUUGCAAGCAUGAACAUGGGGAGUAAUGCGGUAAACGCGUGGUGGAUCCUGCUCUUUUAUUCGGCCAAUUUUGCGCCUCGCUUCACCAGGGGUAUGUGGGCGAUGGUCGGAUGCUCAAUUGCGCUUGCCUUAUGGACAACGGGAAUCGUUUGGAUGUCGGUGCGAGAGGAGAGAAAACGUCAAUGCCAUGUGCUAAAUGUACAUGAUCGAGUAGAUGCCAAACAGGCGGAAGAGCUUGCUCGGGAGGUGUGA